AUGCCCCAAUUCGUGCCGAAGACGAGAGCUUCCGCCAACAUGAAGAUCGAGCCCAGACUCGUUGCAGGCACUGUUGAUCUACUACUGGUAAGACCGAACUGGCAGAAAACCCAAAACCACAGGAAGACCGUUCUCGAAAGGCAGGAGAGACCGGUCACUGGGAUGACAGAGGUCCUAGUCCAGCAAAUUCUGUCCUCAUUACCGAGUUCGCCCGAGCCAGCAUUGGAACAGAACCACAGAGAAGCUCAGCUUCUGUCUCCCAAACAACCGGCCAGACUAGGAGGGCAAGAGAAAGCAAGAAAGGCAUCAACCGCCCUCCAGCUAAGAGACCCCCACGACCGAUCCGCUCAAGUUGAUCACCAACCGCCCUCGCCCGGCUCUUCACUGAAGCAGGUCCAGCGAUAGCAAGGUCCCAAAAAGAACCUGUGAGACUUCGUGCCCAACCUUUAUCCGCGAAAGGAACACUAUCGUCCGAGUGCACGGAAUAU